CAGUGUAGGAAUACUCUGUAACUUAAAGUGCCAAAAGUAAAAGUACUCAUUAUGCAAAUUGGCCCAUUUCAGAAUAAUAUAUUCUAUGUCUGAUUCUAAUUAUUGAUGCAUUAGAAUGUUUUUCAAAGCUGGGAAAGGUGCGGCUAUUCUUAAAUGACUUUUUAUACUGCAGGGUUGCUCGUGAAUUGACUGAAGUCUGAUUUAAGGGUUGAUUAUAUUUCACAUUCUGCAAAGUAAAUUAAAGAUAUUAAGAAAUAUAGUAAAAAAAAAAGAAAGUACACUAUUUACCUCUGAAUUGUAGUUAAAAGUACAAAGUAGCAAAAGUUAAAUACUCAAGUCUCAAAAUUGUACUUAAAAUAAGUAAGAACAGUAAAUGUUCUUAGCUGUUUUAAACAAGUCUUCGUAGCUAUAUAUCCAUCCAACCUUAAUGAUUUUCUUUCAGGUGUACAGUCUAUCUGAUUCCUAAAAUGCUUUGAAAUUGUGUUUGGAUGUGUGUAUGUGUGUGUUAUGUCAAGACAGCGUACGUUACCAGAAAAGUCGAGCUCCUUCAAAAUAAAAUCAUUGUCACGACGGGAAAUGUUUAAGAAAUAAAACAAAGCAAACGUAAUCAGCAAAAUUGCUAGACAUCUCGUUAUUAUUGUUAAACGUUACAUGUUAAAACAACACAUAAACGGCAAUAACUAUAUCCACACUUAUAUAAAUGUGUUGAUUAAUACUUUUUUUAGCCAGCGCCUUUAGUUAGCCAGCAAACUGACGAUAACCGGACAUCUUAAGUGGAGUGUUAGCUGCAUUCUGGCUAGCUUGACAUUAGCUAUCUUGAAGAUAGGGAAGUUUAUCAUUACGUUUCUGGACCAAUUCCCAACUUCUUUGACUUUGGGACAGCAGGAAAAGUGGAAGCACAGCAGAGACUACACAGUAGCUGGAAACCCAUUGACACUGUGUGGGGAGGAUGUCUUCACCAAUAUACUAUAACCAAGACAGUCUUACUCGCUUCAAGAAAAGAAAAGCUCGUUUCUCUUUUAGCGAAGUCCACAUACUGCUGGACGAAGUGAGGAAGCAUCGUAUGGUUGUUGUGGUUUUGUCCCCCAAAGGCAAAUUCAAUCGUGGUGUACCAACAGACGUAAAGAAGCGCACAUGGGCAGAGAUAACUGCACGUGUCAACGAGAUCGGGGAAUGCCAACGUGAGAUCAUCGAGGUCAUCAAAAAAUGGUCCGAUCUAAAGUGUGACACAAAGCGGAAAGUGGGUGCCAUGCGGUCAGGGACAGUACCCAACAGGGGCCUCAACUCUCGACUCUCCAGAGACCUUAAUCAGACUGAAAAAAUAGUGCUCCAGAUCCUGGAGAUGGGCGAGGAAGACCAGAGCUCCGGAGACUUUGGCCCACUUGGAGAUGACGAUGAUGUGCCAGAGGAGGAAGAAGAAAUGGAAGAGGAGGACAUGAUGGGAAUGCAAAGUUCUCCUAAUGGCGGGUUGGACAUGGCAUCUAUGCCCCCACCAAUUUCCUACACAAUGAAGGACUCUUCACAACCUGCCUUUGAUGUGCAGUAUGAGGUCCCUUCAACAGAAGAUGUUGAAGCCGCAUUAGGAGACUCAGACGAUGACCAAAGGGAAGAUGUGCUUGCUUCCACAAAACCUACAGAGGAUCACCAAGGAAACAAUGGCAUCCAAAAACAAGGACAACCGCCGACGUCUUCCGGACCAGCAGCAACAACCCCUACGCUUCCACUGCCAGGUCAGCCCUCGCAGAACAUGAGAGACAACAUGCUACAUAAUGCAUCGCUGAGUCUUCAAGAACAGCAUGCCACCAACAUCCUGCUGGAGACGGUUUCACGCUCUCUGGAGCUUCUGUCGGAGUCGGUGCAGCAGCUGGCAGAGACUCAGCAAGAGUUUGUGCGCGAGUCGCUGCAGCUUCAGCGGGAGACGGUGCAGGUUCUCAGAGACUUUACAGGCGGCGCAAUUGCUCUUAUGCAUGACAAACUGAAUGGUCGGCCAGCAUUAUAACAAAAAAGUGUCAAACAGAGAAGUUGUUGUAUCACUGACUACAUACAUGGCCUUCAGGUGCAGGAACACUUGAGUUCGUCUGGACUCCACCGCUGGUUGCUGUACUUUUUGAUAGUACUCAACAGGUUUUCUGUUGUAAUAUUUUUAAAUUGUAUUCACAGAAACCUUUUAUUGAUGGGAUAUCUGUCUGUGGGGUUACAUUAAACAUCAAUAAAGGAAGAACAUUUUAUUUUCUCCUUUUGCUACUGAAUUUAGCAUUUUUUAUUAAGCCUUCACCUCAUGUAAAGCCUCUAUUUGCUUUAACAUUGACAUGCAAAGAUCUUUGAUUUUUGUUGUAUGUUCUUGGAUAAGUUGUAGUUGCAUCAGUGUCUGGAGAUGAUCACAUGUACUGUAAUGGUGAGUGGAUUUCCGCACCUGACCAUUAUAUGGUCUGUAUGUCUGAAAGCUAAACAUGGUGUUAGAUAUUUUUAAACUCAUGUAACUGAAUAAGUUGUCAUUGUCUGAUUUUGUUUUUUUAUAUUGCAAAGAUCAACACUUGAAUAUGACAGGUUUCAACAAGUUUCGUCUUGAUUAUGAAAUAAACAACUGAUUUAUUGAAACAGAACAGCAGUUGUUUUCCUAGCUGUGACUAUAUAAAGUGCCCUAGUGGACAUAAAUCCAGUGAUCUCAAUGUGUUAAUCCAUCUGUGUUAAGAGAUGCACUUACCUGCCUGAUGCUUUGUUCUUGAUGUACUGACUGUGUUCCUCAAUGAUGGUAUAUGUCAAAUAAUCUUAAAUGAGAAAUUAUGAA